GCUGCUCUUGGCUAUCUCGAUAGAAAAGUACUAGUUUAUAGAUGUGGCGGUACUAUUAUUUCGGACCAAUUCGUACUCACCGCAGCUCACUGCAUACGAAAAAAUUAUAAACCAACAAUUGUUCGUCUGGGAAAGGCUUCUUUACUCGAUGAAAGUAAUGACACAAUUACUGCAGUCAUGCAUAACAUUCAGGACAUCUUCGUUCAUCCCGAUUAUAAUGCCACAACCAUGUGGAAUGACAUUGCUUUGCUUCAAGUUAUCGAUAAAAUUAUUUUUAAUGAUCUUGUUUCGCCAGCGUGUUUACAUUCAAACUUAGGUGAUUUACCAUCAAAUGUGCCGCUUACUGUUACCGGUUGGGGAACUACAGAUUGGAGAAGAUCAACAACCCCUUCAAAAUACUUGCUUAAAGUAAAUUUGACAUCAAUGCCACUAGAGGAAUGCAAAUCAAAAUUGAUAACGGGGCCUCGUGUAAAUGAUACGUCUCUUAGAAAUGGUCUUUUUAAUGGGCAGUAUUGUGCAUACGGUGAUGCGGAAAAAGAUGCUUGCCACGGUGACAGUGGCGGCCCUUUGACAUACCUCAGAACUAAUACAAGCACAAUCGUUGGUGUUGUCUCCUUCGGAUAUGGCUGUGGGUUGGAUAUACCAUCCAUUUACACAAGAGUAUCGCAUUAUUUGGAUUGGAUUGAACCGCAUGUUUGGAGUAAUUUAGACAAUUCAAAUUGAUGUGUAAAUAAGCAAAAACUGAAUAAA